GCGCAAUACUCCACCAGAAUAAUAUUUCCUUAAUUGUUUUUUUUUAUACCGAACAUGUCUCGGUCAUCCCUAAUGCUUGUCGGCAUUCUAGAGGACAGUUCCCCCAUUUAACAAGUGCUAUAUCUAUCUAACCAAAGGAAAAGUUCUCGUAAGUGCAUUCCCGCAAGCAGGCGAUGAGUUGAUGCGACAGAUUUAGGCACGCGGUUGCCGGGCAUAUGAGGGAGGUUUGGGCAAUCAAUUAGGUGCAAUAGAGGCCUAAUUUCUAAAUUAGCUUCGAGUGUUCCAUAAUAUUGUGGCAUCAGCGCGAGGGGGGUAUGAGCACUGUACUCCAAGAGUUCUUGUUUCUCACUAAAUCCUUCAAUUAUUUAACCCCGGGAGUUGUCUUUCUAGGUCAUCCAUACUGACCAUACAUGCUAGGAUGGGUUCGCAUAUUAUGGUUUCUGUUUGCACAAUUGGGUCGAGAAUUAUUUUUUUUGCGUAGGCCCGCAGUAUAGGCAAGUGGACACACUCGUUGAGAUCGCAAGUCCGGUUUUUGUAGACAAAUGGGGAUUCUCUGCUAAUCGCGGGGGUCUGGCUAUCAUAGUUUGGGCGACAUCUGUGGGACCGUGCCAGUACGGUACAGUACUGUACGGGUGCAACGGUGGAGCCUGCAGUCAGCCAGCGAACUUGCGCUCUACCUAGAACAGCAACAAUGACAUUGUCAACUUCGACGCCUUUCGCCUCCCUAUCUUUUCCAUCUCCAUCCAAACCCCAUCCAUCAACAACAGAGAGACUCGGUCGUUCACAAUCACCUUCUACAUCUCGCCAAUAAUCUAUCAUCGAUAGACCCGUCAUUUGCCGAUAUUCUACAACUUCACCGAACUUUUCACCAAACCUCACCCCCUUUCACUCCGCUGCCCUCGUGAGAUCCACAUUCGCCAAUCCUCUCCUUCUCGAGUCCCGAAGUUCUCGACCCCACGGGAGGUACGUUCAAGUCUAGUGGUGAACGGCUGUUUUUUCUGUUGUUUUUUCGGUUCCGGUUUUUGGUAUUGUUUGUUUGUUUGUUUUGGCCAGCAAUCGCGAAGUUUUAAUGCUUACAAGGCUCCCCCUCCUUUGGUCACAGAUCAUCGAGUUCUCCCCUCUCACCCCACCUUACAGACACAUGUAAGAGCAAUAAGGCCAGAGCCUAUUCUUGAAGCCCUGUUAAUUUCGAUCGCCCGUUAGUUUCCACUCGUCUCCUCGGCUCUAGAGUUCCCAAACCCUAUCGGCGCUGGUAGGCCUACCUCUAAGAGCGCAGAUAUUGCGUCUCUAAUGCCAAAACGACGGAUACGAUUACCAGCCUUACCAAAACAGACCUGAACCUUGCAAACCACUCCCCAGAUCCACCGUCGAUAGUCCCCCUCACCUGUUAUACGCCGACCGCUUUGGGAAGCCGAUUUCUACCCGAAUGGCAGAGGGCUAUGGACAGUAUCCUGCGGGUCAGCACCCAUACAAUCUCAAUAGUCGAUUCCGAAGAGGCUCCCCGCCCCAAACUCCAUCCCCCUCCCGUUCACCGGCACCACAAUCGCCUGGCGGUUAUCUCUACCACUCAGGCCAACAACAUCAUACGAUGCUUAAUUCCCAAGUCCACCGAGGGUACAUGUCUCAACAACCGCAAAAUGUUAAAUUCUUUCAACAACUAGGGCAACCUCAAGGACACCAGGUUGACCAAACUAUGAACCAUGUACAGAACAGUGCCGGGAACAACACAGUUGGAGGGCAUUCACAUUCUUACUCUUCCGGUGGAUUAGGGAAUCCCUCGUACGCUUCACCCCAGCACACCUCUAAUGGCGUAACAGCAACACUGCAAAAUGCCUCUCCGCAUUGGCAAGAACAGCAAACCCUUAUCGCUACAUCUCGCAGUUCCAGUUCUCCUCAUCACCACGCCCGGCAGGCUGCACUAUCAAACAAAAACUCAUCCCAAGCUCAGGUUACUGGGGGUAUUAAUCCAGGCGCAUUUCAACCUCUCGGCGCUCAACACCGCAAGGACGGCCCCCCCGUGGAAGAGAAGGAGGUACGGAAGAAUGAUACAGGCGAACUGGAGAGGCAGGAUUGGAAGUCCUUGGAUCUAGGCGGUCAAGGGCUUCGGGCCUUAUCUAAAUCACUAUUUCAGUACACCUUUCUAGACAAGUUAUACAUAAACCAUAACAAACUUACCAUGCUCCCCCCAGCUAUAAGCCGAUUAAAGCUAUUGCAGCUGCUCGAUGCCUCGGGGAAUCAACUCGCUGAAGUACCACCCGAGUUGGGCAUGUUAACGAAUUUGAAAAACCUUUACCUGUUCGACAAUCAGCUCGCUACUCUCCCAAAUGAGCUUGGAUCCCUGUACCACUUAGAGGUUCUCGGAGUAGAGGGGAAUCCCCUCCAGUCUGACUUGAAAGAGGUCAUGAUCAAGGACGGUUCUAGGGGAGUCAUCCUGAGCCUAAGGGAAUCGAUGCAAGGUAAGUUCCAGAUCUAGAUAUUACGACAGGGUCUUCUAACCCCUCCUAGUCUCGUUGCCUCCCGCCGAGAGAGACUGGAUAAUACUCGAUGAUUCUUCCAGGAGUGGUGCCAAGUCCGAAGCGGAUAAAUUCCAGGUUUUGUGUUACAACAUUCUCUGUGACAAAUACGCGACUCAAAAUAUGUACGGGUAUUCGCCUUCUUGGGCACUUUCAUGGGAUUACCGCAAGGACUUGAUCCGUAGACAGUUGGUUGAAUCCAAGGCGGAUAUUAUCUGCUUGCAGGAAGUUGACAUGGAAAAUUUCAAUGAGUAUUUUAUGCCUGAACUUGCUAGGGAAGAAUAUAAGGGUGCUUUCUAUCCGAAGAGUCGAGCAAAGACUAUGAACGAAACGGAAAAGAAGUCUGUAGAUGGGUGUGCAACGUUUUUCAAGUCUACCAAGUCAGUACAUCGAUGAUUCCCCACUUUUGCCUGGAGCAUGAAACUGGGCGCAGGCUUCUAACAAGCCAUUUUUAGGUUCUCGCUACUUGAAAAGCAAAUUGUUGAUUUCAGCUCUGCUGCUUUGAACCGUGAGGACAUGAAAAAGACUGCGGAUAUCUACAAUCGUGUUAUGCCAAAGGACAAUAUUGCUGUUAUAACUUUCUUGGAGAAUAAGAUCACAGGCUCACGGCUCAUUGUUGCCAACGUUCAUAUCUACUGGGACCCUCAAUACCGAGAUGUUAAGCUUGUUCAAGUAGGAAUACUAAUGGAAGAUAUCACUAAAUAUGCGGAUCAAUGGGCGAAGAGCUUUCCCAACAGGGCGCGGUCGCCAGGCGAUACGGGCCCCCUACAGCCGGCUCUCAACUAUUCAAGCGGCUCUCAAAUCCCCUUGAUCAUUUGUGGGGACUUCAAUUCAAUCGCGGAUAGCGGGGUUUACGAAUUGUUAUCCCGUGGUUUAGUUGCGAAUGACCAUGACGAUCUAGUUGGAAGAACAUACGGUAACUUUACCAGGGAUGGAAUGUCGCAUCCAUUUCCUCUUAAGAGCGGUUAUUCAAAUAUUGGAGAGCUCGAUUUUACCAACUACACUCCUGGGUUCACGGGGGUUAUCGACUAUAUUUGGUACACGACAAGCAACCUUAAUGUUACGGGCCUAAUGGGCAACGUUGAUAAAGAAUAUCUGGCGCGAGUGCCUGGGUUUCCUAAUAUGCACUUCCCUAGCGAGUAAGUUUUCGAUCUGCUCGUGACCCGCCGAAAUCCCCCGAUUCUAACCCACCUGAUUAGUCAUAUUCUGUUACAAACCGAGUUUCAAGUUAAACCCCGGAAGGAGCCGAUUGCCAAGCCACCACCUCCGGAUUUCGGCAACAGCCUCCCACGCAAGCCAUAAAGUUGGAGUAACGACGAGCGUUGCGAUGAAGUAAUGAGAUGCGAAAAAGGGCAGGGAAAUUAUCUUUACAGACGUUAACUCUAUAGCAUCGCUAAUCCGGGAGCGUUCCCUUUCUCCCCGGGUUUUGUUUUUCCUCUCACCCUUUCUGCUCUUUCGAUUUUUGUAAACCUUGUUGUAUGAGGAGCGAGAUGCGCUUUUCCUGUUUCUGUUUUUAUUUUUUCAAUUGGGGUUCUUGAGGCUGGAUGGGUUUUCUUGUUUCCUUGCUCAGUCAGUGGUUCCUUUACGUUAUUCCUUCUUCGACACUCCAUACUCCUGUGAUCGUUCAUCCGUUAGUUUCUGUUCAAUUCUCGGCGUGUCAUUUUUAACAGCCCUAUUUCCUUCCUGCUUUUCAUUGUAACAAGAACAGCCUCCUUCUAGCAAGGGGGCCUUUCUCUCUCAGCCCACGAAUCUUUUUGUCUAGUACGGUGUCGUGUACUAUCACAUAGUUGAUUGCUUUUUCUUUCUUUCACAUCCCUGUCUGUCUGAUUUUGUCGAUCUGGAGCACUUUUCCCCCGCAAAUCCGGGCGGCGUGAGGGAAUGUAUCGUUUUUAUGCUUCUUGCUUCUAUGAUCACUUUCCUUAUUCCCCUUUCGACGCCCUGACCUUCCAACGAGGGGAUGUUGGAUACCGCUCGUAUAUAUCUGAUUGAUGUAUUUCGGUUCUCUUAUUACUUAGGGUGGGUCGGUACAGGAUGGCGCUGUUGUGUAUAAAAAUGAAUCUGGGGGGGGGGCAGGUUUUUGGCGGCUGCGUACAAUAUUUGAACGUGCGGGACAAGGUGAAGACUAAUUCUUCCGUCCCUAGUUGUGCCAAUGUCAGUGCGGGGUGGGCUUUCUUGAUUCUGGUCUGGGAUGUCGUGUGGGUACGUGAUGUUCCCCGAGCGUGUGAUAAACGGAGGACAUGUACAGUUCAUGUCCCCCAGGAGAUAGUAGCAAAAACCGUCCUAUACGAUAAGCAUGAUUUGGUGACAUUAUGGGAUUGCAAUAGUGGGGGGGGGGUUGCUCGCAGCUCUUUCCAUUUUUACGGUUUCCUCUUGCUUGGCCCUUUCUAGUGUGGAUUUUAUACCAUAGUGAUGCCCGUAUUAUAUCUUGUUGCCGGUCUACAGUAUAACUACGGCACCUCCUCUAUGGGGUGCCACCAAUAAUACAACACUCGAUCCCCCAAGUAUAAAAAGUCACUGAUAAUCGAGUAUGAUACGGGUUAUACUAAGCUGGGUAUGAUAGAAAAAAUAGUACCUGUGUAAAUAGUAUUUUGGGCUAGCACAGGUAUGAUAACUCCAAGUUUGUGCCCAAGACGCGCUUAAUUCAGCCCUAUUACCUGCAGGGGGUGGGCUUGUAUUCACUAAUUCAUUUAGGCUCCAUUUGGCUCGAGCCAUUCGUGAAUUCAAAACACAUUUUGAAUCAACAGAGUGUUCGGCAUGCCGUUCGGUUUCGUAAAUUGAAAAUGUGUUUAAGGAAAUUCCAAUUAAGGUUUUAGAAAGCUGUAUUAAAUAUCUUACCAGAUUCUGUGAAUAUAUAUUAACGGUUUAUAUAAUCCCGAAUAACAUUAUCAGUAAUUAAUACCAUGUUACAUACUAGGAAAAAUAACAGUUUUAAAAUGUGUCUUGCCUAGUGCCCAGAUGGACUGUUUGGAAAACCAUCAAUUCAAAACACGUUUUGUAAUUUUAUCAAAAUGUAUUCUGUAAAACCUGUUUUGAAUUCA